AUGCACGACCACGCAGUGGUUGGAAACUACCUCCGUAUGUUCAGGGGCUCUCUGUAUAAAAGGUGCCCAUCUCUCUGGAGGAGGUUAGCCUCAGUAGAGGAAAGGAAGAAGAUUGUAGCAUCAUCACACAACCGCAAGAACUCUAGGAUAUUAUUAACACAACUUUUAGCCAGAAGGGUGUCUCUGCUGAAGGCGUCCGAAUGUGAAGAGAUAUUUGAGGGGAAUGAUGAGAAGUACAAAGCGGUUUCCGUAAGCACAGAGCCACCGGCGUACCUCAGGGAGCAGAAGCCAAAGAGGAACAGCCAGUGGGUCCCCACGCUGCCCAACAGCUCCCACCACCUGGAUGCUGUGCCCUGCUCCACCACCAUCAAUCACAACCGAAUGGGCCGCGAAAAGAAGAGGACCUUCCCCCUGUGCUUUGACGACCACGACCCGGCGGUGAUCCACGAGAAUGCGUCUCAGGCCGAGGUGUUGGUUCCCAUUCGUCUGGACAUGGAGAUUGACGGGCAGAAGCUCCGAGAUGCCUUCACCUGGAACAUGAAUGAGAAGCUGAUGACCCCGGAGAUGUUUGCUGAGAUCCUGUGUGACGACCUGGACCUGAACCCCCUGGCCUUUGCCCCGGCCAUCGCCUCAGCUAUCCGCCAGCAGAUAGAGUCCUACCCCACAGACAGCAUCCUGGAUGAACAGACCGACCAGAGGGUCAUCAUCAAGCUGAACAUCCACGUGGGGAACAUCUCCCUGGUGGACCAGUUUGAGUGGGACAUGUUGGAGAGGGAGAACUCUCCGGAGACGUUUGCCCUGAUGCUGUGCUCCGAGCUGGGCCUGGGAGGAGGAGAGUUUGUUACUACCAUUGCCUACAGCAUCCGCGGCCAGCUCAGCUGGCACCAGAGGACGUACGCCUUCAGUGACAUGAACAUGAGGUCAGGUUGA